AUGCCUCCUUCCUCCACACCGCCCGGCGGCGGAAAGCCGGCCUCCAGCUUUGGCUCUGUGGACUGGCUCUCCCAGAGCAGCCACGUGGGGUGCUUGCACACCUCCAGACCCGCUGACAUCUCCUGGGGGAGCCUCUCUGUCUCAGCCAGGGUGUCCAGCAGUUGGGAGGCCCCUCAGACCGUGGGCGUGGAGGAGCUGAAGUCCUCAGAAGCGUCUGUGCCAGGGACAUCCACAGCUGGGAUGAGCAAGGAGGCAGGCAGCGCGCGGCCUCCACGCGUGCGCACGGCCUUCACGGCGGAGCAGGUCAGCACCUUGGAGAGCUCCUUCCGGCACCGCCGCUACCUGGGCCCCCUGGAGCGCCGGAGGCUGGCGCAAAAGAUGCGGCUGUCCGAGGUGCAGAUAAAAACAUGGUUUCAGAACCGCCGAAUGAAACACAAACGCCAACUGCAGGACUCGCAGCCGAGCGCCCGCCUCCCUGGAGCUCUCUACGCGCCCCUGGCUUUCUGCCCACCACCUUCUGCUCCGGACAGCGGCCUGCAGCUGCUGUACCCUUGGGCAUCCCUGCCUCAGCCCUUGGUGCUGGCACAGCCCCCUGGCUCCUUCUGGGGCCCCUGCCAAGUGGAGCACGCCUCCGUGGCCUCAGCGUGGGCCCCAAGCGGCAGGCAGCCUCUGCUGUGCUGCCUGCCAGACCCGGGGAGCCAGGUGCACGCGCUGGGCCUGGCCUUGUCCACGGGGUCCUGGAGCCUGUGUUUCCUGCCGGAGACUGGGGAUGCCUUUUGA